UCAGUGCUCUUUACUCAGGCAGUGUGUUCAUUUCCAACUGUGAACUGACAAACAACAGUGCUGACUAUGGAGUGAUUUAAUUUCUCAGUCUCUCCUGAUCUUGAAAAACACUAACGUUACUAAUAACACGGCCAGUUCUAUGAUGGAUGAAGGCAUUAUUUAUGCUGCUGUCAACAGUCGAGUUGAGUUUAAUGGACCAACAACACUCAGUAACAAUCGUGGUGUGCUAGGAGGAGCCAUCAGUGUCGUACAGAGUCAAAUAUACAUUAACACAGAAGGAGUACUGAUCACCAACAACAAAGCUAUCUCCGGAGGAGGGAUAUUUUUAAGAGAAAGUGCACUUUUUGUAAAUGAGCCAAUAAAGAUCUAUCGCAACACAGCACACAAGCAUGGUGGAGGGAUUUAUGCAUAUUCAAGCACGCUUGAAUUUAACACUCCAAAUAAACGAAGUGAGAUUACUGACAACAUUGCUGAGAAUGGUGGAGGUAUUUAUGCAGUAGCAACAACCCUUAAUCUUACUCGAUCACACGUCAACAUUGAAUCAAACACAGCUAACGCUAAUGGAGGUGGAGUGUAUCUACAGCAGGAUUCGAAACUGUACUUAUUUAAAAAAGAAUUACAGGAUCUUUUUGUGACGUUAUUGAUCAACAACAACUUGGCUCGACAGUACGGAGGGGGGAUCUUUGUGGCGGAUGACACACAGAAGAGCACGUGUGGAGAAAGGAUCACUGAAGAUGAUGCUACUCAAACUAGUUUUGCUGAAUGCUUUUUUCAAACAAUUCAAUUGUAUAGUUCUCGUGGCAGCCCAAACUGUAACACAUUCAUGACUAACAACACAGCUACCCAGUCAGGAGCAGACAUCUAUGGAGGUCUGUUGGACAGGUGUACUGCAAGUCAAACUGCUGAAUAUAACAAUGCUUUAAAUGGAUUGGACUACAUAAAUAAAACCAUAAAAUCCUCCACCGAAUUAUCAAUAUCCUCUAGGCCUGUGCAAGUAUUUUUUUGCAAAAAUAACUACGGCAUUAUUUCGACAAGAAAGGGAUACACAUUUAAAAUCAGUGUUAUGGCUGUUGACCAAGUUGGAAAUCCAAUGAGUGCGACAAUUCACAGUUCUGUUGUAACUGAGAGUGGAGUUGGUCGUCUCAAAGAAGGACAGGCAGAACAAGAAGUUGGCAAUCAGUGCACAGAAUUAGAAUACAAUGUAUUCUCACAAGACAGUUUUGCUCAAGUGGAACUUUAUGCCGAGGGUCCAUGCUUCAACUUAGGAAUUUCAAGAAAACUUUUUAAUAUUUCUUUUCAAUCCUGCAUAUGCCCUAUUGGACUCAAACCAAUUCAAUCUGAUAUUGAGUGCAAGUGUGACUGUGAUCCAGACUUGCAACAAGGACAUCAAAUAUCAAAUUGUUUUGAGGAAAAUGGAAACAUAACGCUGGAAAGAAAUAACAACACAUGGAUCGAAGUCACAAAUACCACCAAUGGAACAGGGUAUGUUGUUAGCAGCUGUACACUUAACUAUUGUGUGCAAAAACCAGUCAACAUCAGUCUAAGCAACCAUGACGAACAGUGUGCCUACAAUCGAAGUGGUGUCUUGUGUGGAGAAUGUAAAUCAAAUUUCAGUCUUGUGUUGGCUACGUCAGACUGUAAAGAAUGCUCUAAUCUUUACCUUAUUCUACUAAUACCAUUUGCACUGGCUGGCAUAUUGCUAGUUGUUUUAAUUCUCGUGCUCAACAUCACUAUAGCAACUGGAACUAUUCAUGGCCUCGUAUUUUACGCCAACAUAUUAGCUGCUAAUAGAGCAAUUUUCUUUCCUAGUUUAAACAACUUUUUAACAGUUUUUGUAUCAUGGGUGAAUCUUGACCUGGGAAUUGAGACAUGCUUUUAUGAUGGAAUGAACUCUCAAGCCAAAGUACUCCUUCAACUUGUCUUUCCCGCUUACCUAUUUCUUCUAAUGCUUCUUAUUAUAAUUUUGAGCAAGUACUUUGACUCCUUUUCAAAGCUCCUCUCCAACAGGAAUCCAGUUGCUGCCCUAGGCACACUUGUCCUACUCUCUUAUUCAAAAUUCUUACGGUUUAUCGUUGCUGCACUACAAAACAGGGUCUUGGAAUAUUCCGACGGUUCAACCAAGACUGUUUGGUUGUUUGACGGCAAUGUACUAUACUUCACUCCCAAUAACAUUCCUCAGUUUGUUGCUGCAGCCAUAAUCCUCAUUGCCGGUGAAUUGUUCACUAUACUGCUCUUCUUUGGACAAUGGUUUCCUCGCUGUUCCAAGGUUAUGAUAUGGACCAAAAACACAUACUACAAUGGUUUCAUGGAUGCAUACCAUGCUCCAUUCACUCCCAAGCAUCGCUACUGGGUGGGACUGCUCCUCUUUGCACUGAUUGCUCAUAAUCUAGUAGUUGCCAUGGCUCCAAACACUUCUUUCCCUGUUCUAUCAUCUGGGUGUAUUGCAUUCGGACUGAUAACAUUGACCAACCGAGUGCACAAAAAGCAAUUUAACGAAUAUCUAGAAACGUUCCUUCUGCUUAAUCUCGGCAUUCUAUCUAUUGGUACUUUAUAUGUUGCUGAAAUACACCAACAGCAAGAAAUACUGACCAAUGUUUCAAUGUCCAUAGCUUUCAUUCUCUUUGUGACAAUAAUCAGCUACCAUUUCCACCACUACAUACUAAAGAAGACUAAAACAUGGCUCAAGAUAAAGCAAGUCGCAAAAAACUUGACAACUGGUGUUGCAUACAAAAAGAACCGAGAACCUAACAAUACCAUGGAUCAGUUUGCAGCAAAUGAAAUUGAUGACGAUGACGAUGAACAACUUAUAGCUGAGCAAAAAGACAUUGUGGACACACCACCUUACACUGAUGGAGCCAUGGAAGAAACUGACCCUGAUCGAUACAUCACUCCUCCCAUCAUCAGACCAGCCACGAGGCCAGACCAGCUGAGAGAGCCUGCCCUGGAUGAACUAGCCCCCCUCACCGCAGAGGACUACGGAAUAUCAGCCCCUCCCCCUCUAAGAAUCAACCGUCGUCCUGUUGUUACACACACAGAAAUCGGUCCCAUACACAAUGAAGUGUGAACUGUCUUAUUUAUAGCUGAGGUACUUUUAUAUAACAUUCUUAGAUAUUGAUUAUCCAACAGUUACUGCACGUUAUUGGUUAAAUGUGUUAUACUAAGUUGAGGUUUUUUUGUAGAGAUAAAAUGGCUGUGCUAUAAUCAUAUACCGUAUAGCGCGAAAUUUUCGAGGGGCUUAAUUUUCGCGGAUUUUGUGGGUUAGCAAUCCUACACGAAAAUUAAGUCCACGAAAAUUGUUCUUUAAUUAGAAUUAUCUGAUAUAACGUGCAAAGAUUUAAAGGCGUAGCUUCCGGUAAGCAGUCAUUCCGCAAACAUUGUGCAACGAAAUGUUUUAGAGGCCAUUCCACGAAAUAUAAGU